CGUGAGCAGAUCGUGGAGCAGCUGAGUGUGUGGAUCCCCCCUAGAGAGCCAGUGGUGGUGCAUCGGGGCUCGAUCGAUUCGGGUUCUUCUGUCGAAUUCAAAUUCAAAUUCAAAUUCAAAACUCAAACUGAACAGAAAGAAAAAAUGGAACAAAGCGCCGUUGUUCUUGUGCGUGCCGAUAAGUGUACAUAAAUCAGUGUUUUGGUUGAGCUCAAGACUCUAGACUUCUAGUUUCGUCUAACGGUGCCAGUGUUAACCAAAAAUUAUAUAUAUUAUAAGCUAUAUAUAUACAUAUAUAUAAGAAAGCCAAGGAAUCCAAGCAUCAUGGACUUGGACUGGUGGCAGCCUUCCAUCAUUGUGGGCCUGAUCUGUCUGCUCCUGCCAUCGCAGAUAUCUCCGGCGAGUGCCUGGAGUCUGCCAGUCCGCGAUUCAGCAGUCUCCGCACCUGUUGGCCGGCGAUUAAAUGAAGUCUCGCCAUAUGUGGAUCUGGCCUUGUGUCCUAUUCGAGCGGAGCCCUGGACCUGUGCCCGCCAGCAGUCCGCGAGGAUACUGGACGCCUGGGAUGGAGAGCUUCAUGUUCAAUGGCAAAAGCUGAAGGUCGAGGCCGAUCGGCAGAUGAAUGCGACGAUCGAGCGGCGGGGUUAUAGCACCUCAGAGCUGCCUGUGAAAGAGAAGCCAUCGACGAUACUAAAGAAAAUCGAAAUCGGCACGAAUUACAUGAAGAAAUAUCUGGCCGAGUCCAUGGACGGCUUCCUCGGCCGCGAAUACGAGUAUUUGCAGACCCCAAAGGCAGCUGAAGAUGAUAGUGAAAACGACGACGGCGACGAUGAUGAUGAAACGGAUGCUGCGGACGAUAAUGAUACCAGUAAUGCCGCCGAGGAGGAGGAGGAUGCUGCCAAGGAUGAGGAUGAGGAUGACGAUGAUGAGGACGAGAAUGAGGAUAUCUCGGACAGCACAGCGGAGCAGGAUGACCAAGACACGGAUCCCGAGAACGAUGACGAGGAUGUGGAUGAGGCGGCAUCGGAACCGGAGAAGGAAGCGGAAAAGGAAACAGUGCCCAGUAUUUUCAGUGGUCAGCCAGCGACGACGGCGGCAGCGGCGCAGGACGAUGGGAAAAGCCCAGCUUUCAGCGAGGGCAACUCUUCCUCAGGUGUGGAAUUCAUUGAACUCCAGGAUGGCGAUGAAACGGCGGCUGGUGCCCUUAAAAAACCCGGCGGUGGUGGAGGAAAACGCAAGAAGAACAAGAAGAAGAAGGGUGGCAAGCGAAAGAAGAACAAGAAGGGUCAGGGCCAGGACUCCCAACCUGCCACGCUGGUGGUGGUCCAGGCAGCGCCCGAGCAUCACGAGGUGGACCAUGGCCAUGGCAGCGAUUCCGCGAUAUUUAGCCAUGGUUCCAGCGAUGAUGAUGACGAGACCGUAGCCGUGAAACCCAUGAAGAAGCGGAAGCAGAAGCGCCGCAUGAAGGGCAAGCGGAAGCGGAAGGGUCAGCACGGCGGUUCCAAUUCCGUGGUGGAGCACGAGCAGAGCGACUUGAGCCUGGGAUUGGGCCUCCUUGACGAGCUCGUGGAUGCGGAUGACUACGCCGGCGGCGGCGGCAAGCGGAAGCACAGGAAUCCACUAAAUUAUGGUAGAAGUAACGGAGUGACUCGCGGCAAGAAGAAGAAGAAGAAGAAGGCCAUCGCCAAAUUCAUGCUAAUUGGCAGCUUCCUGAAGGCCAAAAUUGAGCUGCUGCUGAAGAUCCUCGGAGCCCAUCUCCAGGUCAAGUUCUUUGCCAUCGCCCUAAUCGGUUUGCUGAUCAAUAUAGCCCGGUUCUGGAUCGACGUUAAGCGCGGCAGUCCGCCGUCCAAGGUUGUAUACGUUGAACAUGCCCACCAUCAGCACCACUACGAGGAUCAUGGCGACGACUGGAGCGAGCAGGGCAGCUAUUGGAAGCGAUCCCUGCAGACGGAUCCCUCCAUUGAGGAUACCGACUCCUCCACGGACAGCUACCAGCUGCGGCAGGCACAGCAGCAGCAGCCUGGCAUCCAGGAUCCCCACUAUCUGGCCUAUCGCAACCAGUACCAGUGGCAGUAGAACCCUAAUUCCAAAUCCCUUAAAUCCAAACCCAACCUCUGACCUCCAAUGGAGACAGCCCCCCCAGAAUAAUAUAUUACUUGUAUUUAUUUGAGUU